AUGGGCUCUGUGACCAUCCGUGGACAGACCAUCAAGACCGAUCCAGAGUGGUUCAACGUACCCAACAACGUCCUCGAUGCCACCACGAGGAAGCUUCACCUCCUCAAAGACCAUCCUGUGUCUAUCACCCGCCAAAUCAUCCAGUCCAAUUUCCCCGAGCCGACGUUCAAGUACCACAAUGAGUUCAGUCCCGUUGUGUCAACCCGCCAGAACUUCGAUUCGCUGGGUUUCCCUGUGAACCAUCCCGGCCGCGCCCUCUCCGAUACGUAUUAUAUAAAUAGCGAGACUCUUCUCCGCACACAUACAAGUGCGCAUCAGGCCGACACUUUCCGAGGAAAUGAGAGUGCGGGAUACCUCGUCUCUGCCGAUGUCUACAGACGAGAUGCCAUUGACCGAAGUCACUAUCCUGUAUUCCAUCAGAUGGAGGGCGCCAUGUCAUGGGAUCGCACCAAAGUUCCUAAUGGUGACGUUGCUGCAGCCGUGUGGAAGGAUUUCGAAAAGCUACCUGUUCACGGGAUCAAAGUGGAUGACCCAAACCCUCCCAUGCACCCUGAGACAAAUCCUCUCCAGGACGCGCAUCACACAGCUGCUGAAGCCGAGGCUAUCGGCGCUCAUCUCAAGAGAUCAUUAGAAUGCAUGGUUGUCGAUAUCUUCUCCCGAGCCAAGGCCGCUGCGAUCAAGGAAGACCCCAACUUUGUAGAUGAGCCGCUGCAGAUGCGAUGGAUUGAAGCCUACUUCCCCUUCACAAGCCCCUCGUGGGAGCUGGAGGUCUACUAUGCUGGAGACUGGCUUGAAGUGCUGGGCUGUGGUGUAGUCAAGCAGGAUAUCUACAUCAACGCCGGCGUGCCGAACCAACUAGGCUGGGCGUUUGGCAUUGGCAUUGAUCGCAUUGCCAUGCUUCUCUUUAAAAUCCCAGAUAUCCGGUUGUUCUGGUCAAAAGACAAGCGCUUCCUGUCUCAAUUCGAGGGCGUGACCGACAACCUCGACAACCUCAAGCGCUUCGUCCCCUUCUCCAAGUACCCUCCCUGCCCCAAGGACGUGUCCUUCUGGCUUAGCUCCACGACGGCAGCAGGUGGCAACACCAAGGGCACAUUCCAUGAGAACGACGUGAUGGAGAUCGUCCGUAACGUGGCGGGUGACGUGGUCGAGGAUGUCCGUCUGAUCGACGAAUUCACGCAUCCCAAGACAGGGCGCAAGAGCAUGGCGUAUCGUAUUGUAUACCGCAGCCUAGAGCGGACGCUGACGAACGAAGAGGCUGUCGCUUAUCACGAAGAUGUUCGCAAAGCUCUGGUCAAGGAGCUGGGUGUUGAGCUUCGAUAA